ACGAGAACUCGUGAUUGCAGACGAAGCAUUACUGGCUAUAGAUACUGUUACUGUUUCUUGCCAAAAUGUUAGCUGUUGUUGUUUUCUUGUGUUCUGUUUCCAGUGCAUACAGUGUACAAUGCAUGUCUUCAACUGGAAAGCCAGUGGAUUGGUUCAUCGUUUACAAGUUGCCGGAGCUGAGGUCCAACAAGUCGAACCCCAUGCUGCGAGAUGGGUAUGGCCACUUCUACAUGGAUGUGCUAAAUCCAUCAUGGCAGCUGUCCAAAGUCUCGAUGAAUGACACCAACCAUGCUGUCUACAACACGCUACAGGCCAUCUAUGAGUCCAAGCCAACGGAUGACUUUAUGUACUUGAUGUACAAUGACGACGACCCUCACGACCAGGAGUCCCUCAACCAUGGACACACGAAGGGCGUAGUGGCGUUUGACAAGAAGACUGGCUACUGGUUGGUCCACAGCACCCCUCAGUUCCCACGCUACAAGAACGAGAGCUACACGUGGCCCCCAAGUGCCCUGAUCUAUGGACAGAGUUUCCUCUGUGUGUCCUACAGCUACUCACAGCUUAACUCAAUUGCCAAGCAGCUGUUUUUCAACUACAUCCGUCUGUACGACCACUACACCCCCGACUCCUUCCUGCAAAACAACCCUGAUCUGGCGUCGGUCAUCAAGAACACACGGUUGGAGAAGCCGCCGUGGUCAAACAAGGUUGUCCUGUCAUCGCUGUCAGGAACAAAGUUCACCAGCUUCGCCAAGUUCGAGAACUUCCAUGCAGAUUUGUACAAGGACUUUGUGGCGCCCAGCCUGCAGAGUGACUUGAUGACGGAGACUUGGCAGAACAGUGGCAGUAGGAUGCCCUCCAACUGUACCGGCAAGUUUAAGGUGUAUAACGUGAAGUCCAUCGUCUUGCCAGAGGGGAUAGUUUUCAAGGAAACAAAGGACCACUCAAAGUGGGCCAUCUCUCGCAACGGCACCAACUGGAUCUGCAUUGGGGACAUCAACAGAGAUCUCAGCCAGGAGAAGCGGGCAGGUGGGACGGUCUGCUUCCAGAACUCCAAAGUGUGGACAAGCUUCAACCUGGCUGUCAACAGCAUCGAAUCCUGCCAAGUCAAUGUCAGUAGAUUCCAUGGGCAGAGGGUUACACGUUUUGAGGAAUACCGAGGACUUUGAUAGGCCAGGAAGAGCAGUGGUUGCAAGUAGUAUGAAGACUAAUCACAUCGAUAGACUUGGUGAUGAGUGUCAAAUAAGACCUCCUACUUUGAUAGUCACUAGCAGGUCUGUUUUGAUUUCAACUUCUUUGUUCUUCCAAUACAAUAUUUCAGUAUAGAUACAGGUACUCGCUUGAUAAAGUUACCAGCUUCUGUACCAAAGUGAAGCUGAAGUCUACAAGGCGACCUAUCUUCAUUGAUAGUUCUCCUUCUUGUGGAUAUGGAAAGGUAGCAAUACGCUAGUCACAAUAUGUCACUCAAUAUGGAACAGACUUACAAUCAGCAUUACAAAAUCAAGGGAUGGGUGUUUUGUGAUCUUGGUGUCGGAAGGUACGUCAGUUUGUGGUGUCUCAAAACUGCAGAAUGGCUUUGCAAUAUAAAGUGUUCAAUGGCUAUUUUUAUAGAAGAAAUCAUCUCAAAUUUUAACUUUUAUUUAGAAGACACUGUUUUAUAGAAUUGUCCGGUGACAGACCAAGGUGUCAGUGGUGAUGGUUUUGGUACCUGCAGUUGAGACAGGUGUACUAGACUAAGUCGUCUCAGGAUGAAGUGGCAGGGUCUGAUGGUUAUGUGGCUACUAUAUAUGUUGCAAUGUCUGGUGGCAAUACAGCCACAUAAUGGCAGGGACCAGCUGCUAUUUGACAAAACUGGGAUUUACAGGUUAAAAUAUUUACCUCAGAAGCUUAGGCCUUAAACUGAUUGCUAGAUUUUUAUUCCUUCUCAUUUUAUAACUAGUUUCUAGUCCCCAUGUAUUGUUACGGGUAUCGACUUGUGAAACAAUUCUCUGUUAAAGUCUUUCUCUCACUGAUUUAAUACACCAUAUACAAUGUCCAAAUAAAACAGUCAUGCUUUAUGUGAUUAAUAUCUAUUGACAGUUAAUGUCCACAGAUAUUCUGACCAGUUUCUUUAAUCACAUCAAAACAGGAAGAACAUAAUAUCCCUGACUAAAACGUCUCACAAACUGGAUGAAAAUCUAAUAUCAGUGUUGUUGUGGCCUUCGUGGAGUAUAUACUUACUCCAAGAUCUGACUAUCCGUUAGCAGGGGCGGAUCCAGGGGUUGGGGUGUGCACACCGCCUCUCCCCCGAAAAAUAUUUCCCUGGGGGGCAUUUCCCCCUAACCUUUAGACUUCAUGAUUAAUGUGCAUCCCCCUUCUCUAAGUUCCUGGAUCAGCCCCUGCUGUAGACUUCAGUUUUGUAAAUAAUGGAUUCUAGACAAUUAUAUACCCCUACUAUGUUACUGUUUUCUGUAAAACAACCUGUAACGUGGAAAGGUGCUAUAUAAAUGGCCUAUUAUUAUUAUUAUUAUUGACAUAUACUCAAGAAAAUACGCAAUUUCAUGCUCAGUAUGGCGGAUAUGGUAUUCAGUGUGUAACAUGUAGAUUGUCAAUUCUAGAUUUCGUACAUGGCAGGAUUUUAUCUCAUUCCUAUGCAAUAACAACUUUUUGUUAUUUCUUUGAAACAAUAUGUACCCUAUAUAUUUUCAGGAUUCAUUACUGGUGUAUAUCUAGUUUCUGAAUUUGUCAUAUAUCUUAUAUAUAGUCAAGAAUUCAUGUUUACGUUUUAUUUCUUGUAAAUUAUCUCACUAUGGCAUUGUGGCAUUCUUGUUUACAUGGAAGGUGAUGGUGAUCUAUUGCAGACAUGGGGGGGGGUGAUGGUUUGGGGGGUUGUAGUUUUGACAGCACCCAACUUUUAUUCAAAACCAUGGCUCUGGGAGAGGUUUUGUUGACUAGAUCUUUACUUUGGUGAAUGUCUGUUUCAAGUUUGAAGCCUUCAUGGAAAAUGUUUGAGAAUUAUAGUUUUCCCCUACUUGAUCUGCUCAGUUAUGUUGCAAUUCUUUGUGCAGAGUUCCAUCCCUUGUUGUGCCAGGAUGAUGCUAUAUAUUUACGUGAUCUGUAUAUACAUGUACCUCAUUGGAGAGAAAGUAGAACUAUGGCACUGGGAAGAUCAUAUUUUUGUCAUUUUUUGUUUUGUAGUAAUGACAUGAAACUUCAGGAAUGUCAAAGAUGCUUAUUGUAAUCAGUGAAUUCUUCUAUUUUUGUAUAAUUUGUAUGUUCUUUCAUGCUGUAUUUUUACUCUGUAUAUGAGUUUUCUAAAUGAAAAAAGUGAGCAGAACUGGUGUGAUAGGACCUGCAUGAGUGAGGAUUUCCCACAUGUCAUGAUGACAUGCAGACUGGAAUAUAUCAGUGUGCUAUUAGGAAAACUGAGCAAAAAUUCUGCUUCCCAUAAACAUAAAGAUGACUUUUUUGUAUUAUAUGAAUUUUUGACAAAUUCAACAUAUUCCCUUUAUUGGGUACUGUAAGUUCAGUGACAGUUUUAUAUUUGACAUACAUGAAUUGGCAUGCAUGAACAGGCAGCUGUGAACACCCACAUUCACAGAUCUUAUCAGAAUGCUUAAGGCGAGACUUUGAAAACUGGAGAGCAACAAAUGACAGAUGUUCUGGCUAGCAUGAACACAUACUGUAUAUCUCUUGACUCCAAGGUGUAGGUACUCUGUGACAGAGGGAGUGAGUCUGGGUCCAUGACUGGGUAUUAUAUCCUUUGUAGGGAAUCAAGUGCAGGCCAUCUGCCUGACCAAUGGUAGACUAACGCUUAGUCCCUGAAUAUAUAUAAUUUUGAUAGCUACAAAUAAACCCAUUUAAUUGAAAAGAAGCCCCAGUGAGUUAGGAAAUUCAGGCUGAACCUGGGGAAAUCUAGACUUGCUUCAUUUUGGGCUUUAGCAUUGCAGGGAGGGUUAGGCAUUGGGGAACAUAAUGUGGUUCAGGGACUGUGAGACACACUAGACCAAUGUCUGCUUUAGCCUCAAGGCUGCCCCACAACCCAUGCUCCCCAACAAAACCAAACUGAAAUAUACAGUGUGCUUCAAUCUCCUAAGGGACGGUGGCGUAGCCUGGUGGUUAAAGCAUUCGCUCAUCACGCCAAAGACCUGGGUUCAAUUCCCCACAUGGAGACAAUGUGUGAAGCCCAUUUCUGUGUCCCCUGCCAUCAUAUUGCUGGAAUACUGCUAAAAGCUUCGUAAAACUAAACUCACUCACUCACUUUAAAUCUCCUAAAGUCUUUCAUCUUGUGUAUGUUUGAAUAUUUGGGUGUUUUUGGUGUCCUAGAUUAUAAAUAUGUUUGUAGCACCUCCAUCCUAUGAAUCAUAUGUAUUGCUUAUGUUUCCAUGACAGACCGAUAAGUAAAUCAACAUUUUGAAUGAUGUCUCUUUUGAAAAUAGUGCUUCACAGACAUUUUUUUACACACAUGACCAGUAAGUUUGAUUACAUUGUGCCGAGUGUGGUGUCAAAAGAGGAGGUAAAUGUCAACAUGUUCUAUGUCUUGGCUUAAAACACCUCAGUCUGAAUAUGCAUCAGUAUUCCUGAGAGAAUAUCACUGUACAGAGUUGCGUCCCUUGGGCACACCAGGAUAUUAUGAUUGUGAGUUCGAAUCCCACAUUACCCCAAUUAUGUUUCACGGUUUGGGUUUCUCUGAAGUGGCAAGCAUCAGAGACCGACAUGACUUAGGGCUUUAGGCAAGGUUGUGUCCCUUACAUGACUGGGGAUCUGCUGUUCCUACAUGUAUGUGUGCACAAGGUAAACUGCAGGGGAUAGGUGCCUGGGUGCUUCACAGACAUGUGGAAUGGUUUAAUACAAGUUGCAUGUGGAGAAUCCUCAAUUCCUUUUAAAACAUGUACAAGGUAACUGAAUGAAUCUUACCAUACUGUCUUACUGAUCGUCAGUGUCAAGGUCAAGUAUAUUUGCUGAUCUCUGUGUAGAACUAAUGGAGAAAUGUUCAUUAUCUCAAGUUAAUAUUUUGCAAUAGUUUUGUAAACAUUUUUACAUUACCAUCAAGCACAUUGCUGUAUACGUUUGUGGUUCUUAAGAUCUGUGUAUAGUUGAUGUCUGUGUACCAGGUGUACAAGGAGAAAGUUUAUAUUUUAAUAAAAUAUCUUCAAACCUUUA